AUGGCUGCCGCCUUCGAAGCAGCUGGUGGCCGGAAGGGUAGCUGCUUCUUGGAAGUCGGCCGCCGCGAGAUCGGCUCCUCCUUCCCCCGCGCCUCUUCCCGCCGAAUCAGCGGCUCCGAGGUUCUUUUCUUCUCUGUUAAUUUCUGUUUGAUCCUGCUUCAACCCUGCUGCCCUGCUGGUGACCUCCUUGUGUCCGGUUCAGACGACACGGACAUCAUUCUAUGGGACUGGCUUUCUAAAACUAUAAAACUUGUUUACCCUUCCGGCCACCACGAAAAUGUCUUCCAUGCUCGUGUGAUGCCAUUUACUGAUGACAGCACCAUCGUAACUGUUGCUGCUGAUGGCCAGGUACGAGUAGGACGACUGAAGGAGGGCGGUGAAGUCACAACGAAACUAGUUGGGGAGCACGAUUCCCGGGUGCAUAAGAUGGCUAUUGGACCAGGAAGCCCUUACAUAUUUUACAGUUGUGGAGAGGAUGGUUUGGUACAGCAUUUUGACUUAAGAAGCGAUUCAGCAACAAAGCUUUUCACCUGCUAUUCUUUCUUGAAUGACAGACGCCGUGUAAGACUGAAUAGCAUUGCCAUUGACCCGCAGAACCCUUACUAUUUUUCAAUUGGUGGUUUUGAUGAGUAUGUACAUGUACGGUUGUAUGACAUGAGGAGAUUCCAGUUGGAUGAUUCAAGAAACAUUAACCAGCCUGUAGAUACCUUCUGCCCUAAGCACCUUAUUAAGGGUGGGAAGGUCCACAUCACCAGCAUUGCAUAUUCCUAUGCAAGGGAGAUACUUGUAUCCUACAAUGAUGAGCUUAUCUACUUGUUCCAACAAAAUAUGGGUCUUGGUCCAAAUCCUGUGUUAGUAGAGCCAGAGUUUUUCGACAUGUUUGAUCAGCCACAAGUAUACUCAGGUCACAGGAAUUUUCGAACUGUUAAGGGAGUCAGUUUCUUUGGACCACAUGAUGAAUAUGUUGUGAGUGGAUCAGAUUGCGGGAAUGUAUUCAUAUGGAGGAAGAAGGGAGGUGAAUUGAUGAGGAUGAUGAAUGGUGACAAAAGUGUAGUUAACUGCAUUGAGCCCCACCCGCAUUUCCCGUUCAUGGCUACUAGUGGGAUUGAUAAAACUGUUAAGCUUUGGACUCCUGCAUAA